AUUACACCGUAUCAUAUCAAUAUCUUCUAUCCAACAAAUACCUUCCCAAAUAUGAGUUACUACGGAGGUUAUAUGCCAUACUACCCUUCAUAUAACACCUACCCAACGUACGCUGCAACAUACGGCACCUACGGGACCUAUGGCAUGAACGGCAUGAACGGCAUGGGCGCAAUGGGUGCGAUGGGACACCCGUACUAUGGCAACUACGGGAUGGGGUACGCCUAUCCGGCGACAGGAAUGAUUCCUGCCCAGUAUCCGUACCAUUACCGGGACGGCCUCGGAUAUCUCCAUGAUUACGGUGGACGUUAUGACCCCGCAAUGGUGGGCUAUCCGGCUGGUUAUGUUCCCGCAACAACGGCGCUAAUACCGUAUUGAGGGGGCUAUUGUUCGACGCCUGUAACGGCGGCUUGCGACGAUGGACGACUGGUUGAGUGGUUGACAUAUGUACAAGAAGCAGGCUUCGGGGUCACCUCUGUGCUAUACCACUGUAUCAUACCUCAUGAUUUGUAAUGUGUAUCCGAGUUAAAGCG